AUGUCCGCCCUAGCUCGUCCCCACCUCCCUCCGGUCCCUCGUAUCCAUGGAAAACCAGGUGGCACCUUCAAAAUGCCUCCACUGGAUGGCUCCCUGGCUCUCCCUGAGCUGUACGAGUGGCACGCGGAGCACAGUCCUGACCAUCCUCUGUUCGUCUUCGCAAGGGAAGAUGGCAGCGUUCGCAAACUCUGCUGGCCCGAGGUCUUGAGAGCGGUCUACACCGGUGUCAAGAUCAUCAGAGACCGUGCGCACUGGCAGCCUGGUAUGACCAAAGCGCCGGUUGUGGCUAUCUUGUCCAACUCAGACUCUGUUCCGUAUGCGACGACGACAAUGGCUAUCAUGCGGGCCAACUGCACUGCGUUCUUGAUCUCUUCGCGCAACUCUCCUGCGGCAGUGGCACAUCUGCUCGAUAAAGUCGGUGCUAAGCAUCUGCUGGUCGGAGAUGAGCCCUCCAUGCACGGUCUCUGCAAAGAAUCACUGGAUCUCCUGAAGACGCAGUAUUCUGAGGCGACUGUGCCCGAGACGUCCUCGAUGCUUGGCUUCGAGGAGCUCUAUCUGCCUGUCUCCCAGAGUCCGUCCCGCGAAGACGUUCCGUACGAAUACAAGGGUGCCGAGGAGCCUGUUGUGAUUUUGCACUCGUCUGGGUCUACGGCCUUCCCGAAGCCCAUCGUGAUGACAAACCGCCGUCUUAACGAGCACAUCCUCUCGCCAUGCUUCAGCGAGGUCGACCUGGCAGGGCGCAUCAUCUCCAUGCACACCCUCCCCAUGUUUCACGUUAUGGGCAUGCUGAUGACGACCUGGGCUGUCUCGACUGGUUUGAUUCCUGGCCUGCCCGCGCCAAAGCAUCCCCCGGCCAUCUUGACGCCGGACUUGGUUUUGGACCAGGCGAAGGCGACCGGUAGUGACAUCCUGGUCACUGUCCCCGCUAUAGUGGAGGCCUGGUCCAAAACACCCGCUAAUGUCAAGUACCUUGCUACCCGUCAAGGAAUAGUUUACGGAGGAGGUCCACUCAACAAGGAAAUCGGUGACGAGCUCGUUUCUAAAGGGGUAACCCUGGUCAACUUGUAUGGCUCAACGGAGACCGGCGCUCAAUGUAUCUUCAUGCCUGCUCACGUCGGCGACGAAUGGGAAUAUCUCCGGCUCCCAGGGAACGUAACCACCCACAUGGCCCCAAUGGGCGAAGGGACGUAUGAACUCAUCGUAAUAACAAACCCGGGACCUCUUGAGGCCAUUAUGAAUCUAGAUCCGCACGUCGCCGCAUCGGUCAUGUUUGGCCGUGGGAGGUUCCAAGCUGGUAUCUUGAUCGAGCCGAAGCUGCAGUAUCGCUUCGAUCCGUCGGAUGAAGCGAAGCUGAUAGACUUCAGGAACAAGAUAUGGCCGACGGUGGAGAAGAUGAACGAGUAUGCGCCUCAACACUCGAGAUUGUUCAAGGAGAUGAUCUUGGUUGCUUCACCGUCAAAGCCUUUCUUGUACACCGCGAAGAGCACUGUGCGCCGCGGAGCUGUGAUCAAGGAAUACGAAACUGAGAUCAACGCACUCUACGACACCGUCGAUGCGAGCGCACAAUCCUCCAUACCGCCUCCGACCGAGUGGACACUGCCAACCACUACCGAAUACGUUCGCACGGUCGUCCACAAAGUGAUGACGCAUGCGGUGACCGACAAUGACGACAUAUUCCAGCACGGCUGCGACAGCCUGCAGGCUACGUACAUCCGCAACACCAUCCUCCGCGCCUUCCGUGACACAACAAAAGUGGAUACACACAAGAUUGUCGGCAGCUUCGUCUACGAUCAUCCGACCGUCUCUAGUCUGGCUGCAUUCGUCUCCUCCGUCGCCCAAGGAACGCAUGACUCGGCAACUGCUGGGCUCACCGCGUCUGCUCGCAUUCUGGCCAUGCAAGCCAUGCUGGCUAAAUAUUCCGCUGACUUCCCGGCUCGGCCUCGAACACUGCUUCCAUCACAGCCUGAGCAAGAUGCAGUCUUCGUGACAGGGACAACGGGCAGUAUAGGGUGCCAUAUACUUGCUUUUCUCGUGGCCGACCCGAAGGUCGGGCGGGUGUAUGCAUUCAACAGGCCAGCCAAGACGCAGACGCAUCUGCGCGAGAGACAGAAGGCGGCCUUGGUCGAGCGUGGACUCGACGCAAGCAUAGCGGAUUCGGAGAAAGUAGUGCUUCUGGAGGGAAGCCUGACAGCGGAGAAUUGGGGCGUUGGAAAGAACGCGUACGAAGAGUUGCACAAAUCUGUCACGCAUAUCAUCCACAACGCGUGGCGUGUCGACUUCGUGAUCAAACUGGAGUCGUUUGAGGAUAGCAUCGCAGGCGUGCGGCGUUUGGUAGACUUCGCUCUGACGUCUCCGUUGCCCCAACCGCCACGGGUGCUAUUCGAAAGUUCCAUUGGCGUGUUCCAAAACUCACCCUGCGAUGUGAUAUUCGCAGAGGGACCACUGGAGCCUGAUCUUGCGAUUGGCACAGGCUAUGCAGAGUCGAAGUGGGUCUCCGAGCAGACUCUAUACGCAGCAGCAUCGAAGACUUCUCUCGACACUCUGGUUGUCCGUGUCGGUCAGGUUUGCGGCGGCCUCGAUGGCUUGUGGAACACGCACGAGUGGUUCCCUACUCUCGUGCAAAGCGCAACAAAGUUGGGAUGUUUCCCGGACGACGAUAAGGACGUGAACUGGAUCCCGCUCGAAAUUACUGCAGGAGCGAUUGCCGACUUCCGUAACGCUUCGAAUCCAACACACACCGUGCACCUCGUGCAUCCUCGCCCAGUCUCAUGGCAUUCUCUCGCGACCGUCGUCUCGUCCGAACUUGGCGUGCCGCUCGUACCUUACGCGGAGUGGCUAGCUAAGCUGGUACAUACCGCCCAGACAUACGAGCAGAAUGGACAUGCAGACCCUGAGAUUGUGCGCGGCCUGCGCGCCCUACAACUUCUCGGGUUCUUCCAGGCCUUGGCUGAGAAAUCGAGCACUGCACGGAUGUCUAUGGGUUUGCCAGACCUUGAAGUCAAGCAGGCUAUAGCAGGGUCGCCGACGCUAGGAGCCCCUGACCUUCGUCAGCUUGGAGGGGCGGACGUCAAGAGGUGGUUGUUAUUCGGCAGUGAGUUUGUCGACAGGCACAACUAUCUGUUGGGUGUAGGGCGCAGCCAGUUCCACGACACUGUCGUGGUGGCGAGCAAGAUCAAACGUGCGCCAUUCAAGCGCCCAGUAGUCAUGCAGCAAAUGACUGUAUUGGGCACUAUCCUCUGUGACAUGGAAGAUACUUCAAGGACAGAUGAUUACAGACGUCUUUACUUCCCCUUGGGUUGUGCCAAAUGGUGGUAUCCACCGGCAGCAUGCAGUUUCGGAUACUCGACACCUCUUGCUGCUCCUAACGGCACGUUUCACAAACAUGAUAGAAACAAUACAUUUCAGGCGCAUGAUGAAAUUCAUGGACAGUCGUCCACUACGUUCCGACCACCCCCGCUCGAUGGUUUGCUGCUCAUACCAGAGCUCUGGGAAUGGCAUGCGCGGUACUCUCCAGAUCAUCCGCUUUUCGUUUUUGCAGAUGAGGGUGGCAUUAUCCGUCGACUAUGCUGGCCCGAGGUGGUGCGAGCCAUCCACACCGGUGCUAAGAUUAUCAGAAAUCGCACGAAUUGGAAGGCCGGCACAGCUGAAUCUCCUACUGUGGCUAUUCUGGCAAACUCAGACUCAAUCUCAUACGCGACAACCCUAAUGGCUAUUAUUCGCGCUGGGUACACAGGCUUCCUCAUUUCUACGCGUAAUUCUCCUGCGGCGAUCGCACAUCUGCUGAACAUUGUCGGAGUCCAACAUCUCCUUAUCGGACGUGAACCGUUGGUCUGCGAGCUUACCACCAAGUCGUUGAAUAUACUACGGGCGAGAUAUCCAUGCGCGCACGUUCCUGAGACGUCACUCGCGCUGAUUUUCGAAGAGCUCUAUCUGCCCAACUCAGAAACCGUUUCUGCUGAUGAUGUGCCCUACGAGCGUCAAAAACUCGAAGACCCUAUCAUUAUUUUACACACGUCCGGUUCAACGGCAUUUCCGAAACCGAUUACGCUCACACAUCGUCGCGCCAUUGAGAUCAUCAUUACACCAUGCUUCGGUGAGCGUGAUCUUGCAGGUAUUGUAGUCUCAAUGCACGUCCUGCCCAUGUUCCAUAUCAUGGGCAUGCUCUUUACAAUGUCGGCUGUUUCGUGUGGCUUCAUUGUCAGUAUGUUUGCACCGAGGUCGCCUGCGCCAGUACCCACAUCGGACAACAUCGUCGAUAGUUUUAAGGCAACACAGUGUGAUCUCAUAUUUACUGUCCCCUCUAUGAUUGAGGUUUGGUCACAUAAUCCAGACUAUAUCAAGCUGUUUGCUACUCGCAUGGGAAUUGCCUUCGGAGGCGGACCGCUCAAUAAAGAGGUUGGUGACUCGCUCACUGCUCGGGGUGUUACCCUGUUCACUUUAUAUGGCGCUACCGAGACCGGUGCAGCAUGUAUGGUGUUUGCUGCGAAUGUCGGUGGUAGCUGGGAUUAUUUCAGAUUCCCACCGCAUAUGACUGCAAAGAUGGUGCCAUCGGGCGAAGGAACGUUCGAGCUUGUCAUCGUGGCAGGCUACUGGAAGGUUAUCGGACGCACCGAUGACCAAAUCAUGCAUAGCACUGGAGAAAAGACGAACCCAGGACCUCUCGAGGGCAUCAUGAACACGGACCCUCAUGUCAGAGCAUGCGUCAUGUUUGGCCGUGGGCAAUUUCAGGUCGGGAUCCUGAUCGAGCCUCAACCCGGAUUCGUACUCGACCCAUCAGACGAAGAUUCAUUGACAAGCUACAGGAAUAAGAUCUGGCCAACUGUCGAAAAGAUGAACACAUAUGCGCAGCAGCAUUCAAGGCUAUUCAAAGAGAUGAUCUUAGUCGCGAAACCAUCCAAGCCGUUCUUGUACACUUCUAAGAACACUGUCCGCCGGGGCGCUGUCAUCAAGGAAUAUGAAGACGACAUAGAUGCGCUGUACGACGCGGUUGAUUUGAGCGCACAAACCUCCGUGACCUCUCCGCAUGAGUGGAGUCUUACCACCGAGAUUGACUAUGUCCGUCUUGUUGUGCACAAAGUUAUAGCACAUUCUGUGAUGGAUGAUGACGACAUUUUCCAGCACGGAUGUGACAGCCUGCAGGCCACGUACAUUCGCAACAUUACUCUCGGUGCCCUCCGUGACACAACAAAGGUGAACACACGCAAGAUCAGCGACAGCUUCGUCUACGACCAUCCGACCAUUUCUAGACUGGCUGCAUUUGUCUCUUCCGUCGCCCUGGGAACGCACGACGCAGCGGCAAUGGGAGUUAACCCAUCUGCUCGCAUUCUGGCCAUGCGAGCUAUGCUUGCCAAAUGUUCCGCUGAUUUCCCAGCGCGGCCUCACACACUGCUUCCAUCACAGCCUAAGCGAGAUGCGGUCAUCGUGACAGGGACAACGGGCAGUAUAGGGUGCCAUCUGCUUGCUUUGCUCGUGGCCGACCCAAAGGUCGGGCGAGUGUAUGCGUUCAACAGGCCAGCCAAGACGCAGACGCAUUUGCGCGAGAGACAGAAGUCGGCCUUGGUCGAACGUGGACUCGACGCAAGCAUAGCGGAUUCGGAGAAAGUGGUGCUUCUGGAGGGAAGCCUGACAGCGGAGAAUUGGGGCGUUGGAAAGAACGCGUACGAAGAGUUGCAUAGAUCAGUCACGCAUAUCAUCCACAAUGCAUGGCGUGUCGACUUCGUAAUCAAACUGGAGUCAUUCGAGGAUAGCAUCGCAGACUCGCCCUGCGAUGUGAAAUUCGCAGAAGGGCCGAGUGAGCCCGAUCUCGCAGUCGGCACAGGAUACGCAGAGUCCAAAUGGGUCUCCGAGCAGAUCCUCUAUGCAGCAGCAUACAAGGCUUCUCUCAACGCGCUGGUCGUCCGUGUGGGACAGGUUUGCGGUGGCCUCAAUGGCGCGUGGAAUGUGCACGAGUGGUUCCCUACCCUCGUGCAGAGCGCACUGGAGCUGGGAUGCUUCCCAGACGACGACAAGGGCGUGAACUGGAUCCCGCUCGAGGUUGCUGCAGAGGCGAUUGCCGACUUCCGCCACGCUGCGAAUACAAUGCACACCGUACACCUCGUGCACCGUCGCCCGGUCUCGUGGCACUCUCUCGCGACUGUCGUCUCAUCUGAGCUUAGCGUCCCACUCGUGGCGUACUCAGCAUGGUUGGCUAAGCUGGAACAUACGAUGCAGACACACGAGCACACCGGGCAUGGAAUUACUCAGAUUGCGAGAAGCCUGCGUGCCCUGCAGCUUCUGCCGUUCUUUCGGGGGAUAACUGAGAAAUUGGGCGCCACGCGAAUGUCAAUGGGUCUACCAGACCUUGAGGUCAAGCAGGCUAUGGCGGGGUCGCCGACGCUAAGAGCUCCUGACCUUCGUCAGCUUGGAGGGGAGGAUGUCGAAAGGUGGUUGGCGUACUGGAGGAAAUGGCGUCUUCCGGAAGGCACCGAAGGCGUUGCACCGAUCUCGGGGGUAGACCUACUCAGUGAUGCGAAGGAGAUCCUCUGCACAUUGGCGGGCCGAACCCGCUCAACACUCUGCUCAUCUGCGCGGAGUAUGUCCGCGGCGCGCGGCGGUGAAGACGUGCGAGAAUGGUUCGUCGGCUUCGUCCAGAAGUUCGUGGCGCAACGCCGCGGAGCACGGAAGACAAAGGCGAGGCUAGGACUGCCGCCCUUGCGAGUUCUGGGGCUUAGGGCAGAAGCUGGCAACCACAGCAAUGGCAGUGCAGCAGCCUCGUGCACAUAUAUGCAAAUCGAAGAGAAGCGCACGCUGAACAAAGCGACAGCGGAGGCUAAUCUGGGCUAUUCAUCCGGGCCGCAAGGUAAUGAUCCGUUCUCGGCACGACACGCGACUUGUGUUCGGUUCCGGCACGUCAACUACCAAGAUGAGAGGGGCCAGGACGACGGAGGCAGCCACUUCCAGCAUCCCGCUGCAGAUAGCACGCAACAGAAAGCACAGAAGAGCAUGCUCAACUCCCGCCUGCCCCGCGGAUCCCAGCCCGACUAUGAUGGCGAGCUCCCCCGCACCAACGGUUUGCACCAGAACAAGCCUCCCUUCACCCGCCUCACCCGGCGACAUUUCAGAUUCGCCGUCAUCGCGCUCCUCGUGAUCGCCGCCGUCCCCCUCGUCCUCCGCCUGCACGCCCCGCUCCGCCGGCGGUUUGCGGGGCCGGCAGAGCCCAUGGGCGCGGACGCGCAGGAGGACACUUCUGAGAAGCCGCCGCUCUACGGCGAGUGGCAUCAGUACGAGCAGGACAUCUCGCGGAGACAGCACUUCCCCCCGAACGCGAAGUACCUCUUCACGUCGACGCACACCCGAGGCGCGGGAUGGGGGAAUGCGAUGCAAGAGCUGAUAAUGCACUCGUACCUCGCGUACCGCAGCGGACGAACAUUUACCUGGUACAACUACACUUGGAAUGACGACGGCUCCGAUUAUACGCUCUACAACGGCAAGCCCAUACCUUCACGCAUCCCCAUGUCGGCGCUGCUUGGCGGUCCAAUUGUGGGCGAGCCAUACCACACGGACCCCACCGCGCCGCAGCCCGCGUCGAUAUCAGAGCAGUACUACCGCGAGAUCUGCCCUGAGAGUGAACGCCGCAAGAUCGACAACGGAGACAUCGUCGCGCAGCUCGGCGGUGGGUACUCGGCGACGGCGCUGCUCGACAAGUGGGUCGAGGUCAUGGCCGAGACGGACGCGCGCUGCGUCGAGAUCCCGUACGAGAGUGUUCCGCUUUUCGACUUCUGGAUCAUGGGCGACGCGGGGCGCCUGCUCAACGCCUGGGACGGGCUCGCCGCAUCGCCGGUGCUGCGCGAGUUCCGCUGGUCGCCCCUCGUCGAGCUCGCGUUCGACACGAACCGCGAGACGAUCUCGCCGGCCCAGUUCUCCGCGCCGUACCUGACGUCGCUGCCCGCGGACCUGGGGCCGCGCGCGAACCCCAGCGCAACGCGCUACGCGCCGCUGCCCGGGCUGCUCGCGAUGCACAUCCGCCGCGGGGACUUUGCGGGGCACUGCGAGCACCUCGGGCGGUGGUCGUCGCCGUGGGUGGGGUUCAACUCGUUCGCGGCGCUGCCGGACGUGCUCGACACGGGGCGGCUGCCGAGCGACGAGGCGGCGCGCAUCGAGCUGUACCGGACGCACUGCUUCCCGAACAUCGCGGAGAUCGUCGUGCGGGCGGAGGCGCUGCGCGUGGCGGAGGCGGAGGGCGGGCGCGGGGAGCUGCGCGACGUGUACGUGAUGACGAACGGGCCGGUGGAGUGGGUGGCGGAGCUGGAGGCGGCGCUGAAGGAGACGGGGCACUGGCGGCACGUGGCGAGCAGCCGCGAUCUGCUGGUGAACCGGGAGCAGAAGUACGUGAAGCAGGCCGUGGACAUGCUGAUCGGGCAGCGCGCGCAGGUGUUCGUGGGUAAUGGGUGGUCGAGCUUGACAGGGCUGGUCAGCAUGCUGCGCAUGGGAAAUGGGAUCAAUCCCAAGCAGACACGGAUGUUGUGA